AUGGCAGCCGCUCCAGAUGCUCCCUGCCUGUCGGAGCUCGGCGGACUCCCCUACAGGAACAUCAGCCUCAUCUCCGGCACCCGACCCUGCAACCGGAGCACCGUCAGGACCUCGCCGUACACCCCGCAAGCCACCGCAGCCUUCGCCAUUGCCAUCACCUUCAUGAUGAUCAUGACCAUCGUCGGGAACAUCCUGGUCAUCAUUGCCGUACUGACGUCCCGGUCCCUGAAGGGGGCUCAGAACCUUUUCCUGGUGUCGCUGGCCGCGGCGGAUAUUUUGGUCGCCACGCUUAUUAUUCCCUUCUCUUUGGCGAACGAGCUGCAGGGCUACUGGGCGUUCAGCUCGAUUUGGUGUGAGAUCUACCUGGCGCUGGAUGUUCUCUUCUGCACCUCCUCCAUCGUGCACCUGUGCGCAAUUGCUCUGGACCGCUACCUGUCAAUCUCCCGGCCCGUGUCCUAUGGCGCCAAGCGCACCCCCUCGAGCAUCAAGGCUGCCAUUAUCGUCGUCUGGCUGAUCUCUGCCGUCAUCUCGUUCCCGCCUCUUCUCACCCUGGACAAGAGUGAAGGAGGCGAAGAGACUUGUGAACUAAACAACGAGCGCUGGUAUAUUCUCUACUCCACCAUCGGCUCGUUCUUUGCUCCCUGCGUGAUAAUGAUCCUGGUGUAUGUGAGGAUUUAUCAGAUCGCUAAGCAGCACACUCGCUGCCCGCCUGGGAAGAAGCAAAAAGCGGUGGCAGGAAGAAACGCCAACGUGGCAGCUAGUGAGGCUGUGCCAAAGUUAUCUGAGCAGUCACAACAGAAUGGGGAUCAAGGAUGUUCGGCUGCCGGCGAGCAAGAAAAAGUCCUGACCACAGUAUCUGGCUCGGAUUCCACCCCGUCAUCUCUUCGAAAACCGGCCGAGAGCACCACGAGCCAGGACACUCAGCACCGACCUCCUCGUUCAAGUGCCGCUCCGGCCCAGAAAUCCUCCUCUGCAAUUCCCCAAUGUGACAGCCAAAUCCUCUCAGCUGUUCCCAACAAAGAGACCCAGAAACAUCCUGACAACGGCGGGGAGGGGCUUCCCGACAACCCCUCCAGCUCUGGCUCCGAGCUGGAAAUCGGCGAGGAAGGAGAUCUCAGAGGGGACGUCAAAGGAGAGAUGAAAAAAACCGACAAGACAACAUUGGGACUGCCCCAAGGCAAGGGAUUCAAAGUUCAGGUGCUGAACCUGGCCUGCAGGUACAAAAACACCAUGGCCACAUCCUCUGGCACCAAACUGGUAUCCGAGGGAACGCCUCCGAUUCAGGGGACGCCCGUUUCCCGCCGUAAAGCCAUGGUGAACAGGGAGAAGAGGUUCACCUUCGUCUUGGCCGUGGUGAUGGGCGUGUUUGUGAUCUGCUGGUUCCCCUUCUUCCUCUCUUACUCCCUUCAGGCGGUGUGCCCGGAGACGUGCAGCAUCCCCAACCCUUUGUUCAAAUUCUUCUUUUGGAUUGGCUACUGCAACUCCUGCCUGAACCCGGUCAUAUACACCAUCUUCAACAAGGAUUUCAGGAAGGCCUUCAAGAGGAUACUGUGCAGGGACACCAAGGGUACGUUCUUCUAG